AUGUUACUUCCACUUACAAUUUUUGGGGCAGCUUUCUUUGGUAGUGGGAUCUUUGUGUGGGAUACUAUUAAAUCAAAUACUAUUUGUCGCUACACUGAAUGUUGUGAGGAAAAACAUGUGCCUUUUGACUUGAAGAAACUUAAGUACACUUUCUCUGAAAGAAUGUAUGGACAACCUUUAGUCAAUGAAAUAGUGAAUAUUCUAAGCGCUCAUAAAAAAACUUUAUAUGAUGAUAGUAAAAAGAGCAAGAAAGCUUUAGUAUUAAGUUUACAUGGUUGGUCUGGUGUUGGUAAAAACUUUGCUGCUACUAUGAUAGCUGAAGCUCUUUUCAAAAAUGGAAUGCAAAGUAAGUUUGUAAAAGUAUUUAUGGGCAAAAAGGAUUUUGACUGUUCCAACAUACAUAAAACACAAGCAGAUUUGAUCAAUAAAGUUAAUGAAAUUGUAAAAAAAUGCCCCCUAUCUUUAAUCAUAUUUGAUGAAAUCCAUGAUAUGUGUCCAUCCAUUUUGGAUGCUAUAAAACCAAUGCUUGACCAUCAUCAUGCUGUAGAUGGAAUUGAUUACAGGAAUAGUAUAUUUAUAUUCAUAUCUAAUAUUGGAGGAAAAGAGAUUGCAACCAGCCUUUUAGAAUUGUAUAGUCAAGGAAUCAAAAGGAAUGAAGUGGAGUUUCAUAACUUUGAACCUAUUAUCCGAAGAACAGCCUACAGUACUGGUGGCUUUGAGAAAUCUUCCACUAUUGCACAACAUUUGAUAGAUCAUUAUAUACCAUUUCUGCCAUUGGAACAACACCACGUUGAAAUGUGUGCACUUGCAGAGUUUCGAGCUCAUGGGGUUCAGCCAACAGAAGAAAUGAUGGUAGAUGCUUUGUCAGUUAUAACUUAUGGGCCAACAGAAGAACAACCUAUUUUUGCAAACAAUGGUUGUAAACGAUUUACAAAACAAAUACCUUAUGUUAUACAAAAGCAUAAGGCUAAAACUGAAUUG